CAGACUCGACUCUACACGAAGGGCAGGAUCCAGGGCCACCAGCGAGGCAAGCACAACUCGCACCCUCACACGACCCUCAUCAAGAUCGAGGGCGUUGAGAACCAGAAGGACGCCCAAUUCUACCUCGGCAAGCGCGUCGCCUACGUCUACCGCGCCCAGACCGAGAAGCGAGGAACCAAGGUCCGUGUCAUCUGGGGCAAGGUCACCCGACCCCACGGAAACUCUGGCGUCGUCCGCUCCAAAUUCCGCAACAACAUCCCCCCUCAGGCUUUCGGCUCGAGCGUCAGGAUCAUGCUCUACCCCAGCAACGUCUAA